AUGAUAUUGAUUCCAUUGAUAGCAGUGUUAGCAAUAUCUGUUGCAAAAUGUAAUAGAUUUGCAAGUGAGAUGUUGUUCUUGUCAAGCUUUAAUUAUUAUAACGCAUACACAGAACCGAUUGGUUUUGUGAGACAACUUGACCUUGUGGCUAACAACUACUUGACAUUAGUUAAAAAAAUUGACAAAGGUUUGGAUAUGGAAUUAAAAGAGGCUUCAUACUACGAUUUAAAAUCCUCAUCAAGUUCAAUUAAUCUACAGGCGGCAGAGGUUAUAAACAAGAUGCAAUCAAGACAGAUAAUUGUAGACUUCCUGCUGUACCAAAUACACUACUGCCACAAAAUGUACUCGACUGCCACUGCCAAAUUCCUGGGACAAAAAAUGGUUCCACUAUACAAGGACCUUAAUUUUGAGAGUAAAAUGAGUCGAAUGAUAAUGUACGAGUGGGUGAACCAAAUGAGCAAGAUGCUCCUUCAGAUAUCUGACAUUUACGAAAAGACGUCCGAAGUCUGGAAAACCCUGAGGGAGGAGAUUAAUACAACGGCCCUCGGAGGGCCGGUUCAGAGGUCUGCAAAUUCAGCCACAGAUGGCGGAAGUGCCCCAACCACGGACAAAACCACUGGUUCUGAUCAAUCUGCGAAUCCCACUGAAACCAAAGACACUAAGCCUGAUGAUUCUGACAAACCCAGCGAAUGA